CCCCGCUCAUCGUCCGCCUUUCAAAUUCCCACGUUUGUGUUUGUGUUCGCGUUGUCAUCAUCGAAUCCCUCGAACGAAAAAUUAAAACCGUGCCAGUUGUGACCGUUUCGUGCGACGUCAGCCGGAGUUGGCGGAAUUCCAUUGACAUCGGGGCUCGGGUUUCGAGAAGUGCCUUUUCAGAGCCGUGCAACAAGUGGUUUUUACAAUUUUUACAAGCCUUCAAAGUGCCUUACAAACCCACACACCUACACGUAACCUACCUGACCAGCGCGCGCGAGCGAGUGUGUGUGUGACAACAACAACACGAAUAAGAAAUAGCUAACUGCUUUCGUCGCAGUUUUCUGCGAGUGUAUUGGGUUAAUUGCGCCGAAAAAAUGUUAAGCGAGCGAAUUAAUUGAUGUCUAAUUGAAUUACGCGAGUGAACGAGAGCGGGAAAGCCAGUCACAGAUAGAGUCAAAGAUCCUCGAUCUGAUCAGAAGUUGCUGCGGCUGAAAUAUCCCCAACGCGAGGAUCUGUAUCGCGUGUGUGUCAGUUUUUUAAAUAAAUAAAGAUUAAAUAUAGAUUACAAGUGCACUUAAGCAAACAGCGAGGGAAAGGAAAACAAGGGAUUAACUGCCAGAUAGCCAACAGAAAACAACAACGCAACGUGAACGUGACGUGACGUAUUUGCGUGGAUUAAUAAUUAAGGAGAUAGCAGCUAGCAAACAGCAAUUGCCGGUGGAUAUCGCUGGGAGUACCUAGAGGACACCAUGGAGUCCAUGGAGUAUGAGAUGGCACGCAACAUGACGCUGCUCUUCUUCCUGGAGCGGCUGCUGGACAAGGGCGAGCCCCGCACCGUCCACGAUCUCUCCUGCCAGUUUGGCAACAAGGAGUUUACCAAGGAGAUGAGACAGAUCGCCGGUGGCAGUCAGUCGGGUCUGAAGAAAUUUCUCGCUCAAUACCCAUCAAUAUUUCUGGUCGACGGUGAUUAUGUGCAGGUGAAUGCCUAUCAGCACACCAAUGCGGAUGAGGGGGGAUGUGGCGGCAAGCGGGAUUACAUACAAGAGGCUAAAGACUAUUUCAAAAACAAGAUGCUGCAGUAUGGAGCGGCGGCAGAGGUGCCCGUAAGAAGUCUCCUGGGUCACAGGUCGCAGGCAUCGCCACAAGUACGACACAUAUCAGGUCAGCACAUCAAGGAGUUUACCGACUUCCUUAUGAAACACACCGACACCUUUAAGGUAAUGGACGACUAUGUGAUGCUGGUGGGCUGCGAAAAUAUGACGGAUCUGCCGGCGCGGGAUCGCCUACAUCUGCCACAAUCCAACAUCGAUACUCGUGGAACUCAGCAAAUGCUUGAUUUCUUUGCCCAAUGCAUUGAGAUCAAGGGACCAUUGCUGGUGGAUCAACUCUUUCAUUUGCUGACCACCAAUUUCCCGCAGGAUCAAUGGCUGCGCAUGUUCAAGACUCCAGGAGAUCUGAGCUCGUUUUUGAAGCUCUUUGCCGACUGCUUUCACAUACAGGCCAAUCUAGUCACACUGCUGCAAAAGCCCAAGCUCAGUGACACGCACAUACAGCAGGCCCAGGCCCAGACCCGGGAGCAGUUCAAUGCGCUGAACAACAAUAAUGAUGCCAGCAAUCGUAGGCAGGAAUCAAGUGGAAACGGAGGAGGAGGAGGUGCUGCUAUCAGUGCUGUGCAACAGAGAUUGCAAUCGCCAGCGCUGCGGAGUAAUGGUCACACGAACAACAAUAAUAAUGGAAGUAAUAAUAACAACAAUAGCAUAGCUUCCCCCAACUUUAAGCUGAAUGCACCCGUUUCGAAUGUGAUGGGUCAGAGCCAGAGCCCCAGCUUUGGUCAGCCCAAAUCGGAGCCCAGUUCAGGCUUUGAUAGCUAUGUGCCCAUGUCGGAGCUGAAGCUGGAGAAUUUGUGCGAGAAUAACUAUCCCAGUGCGAAUAGCAGUUAUGGGGCCAUUAAUAACUCCUCGCAACAGACUCAGAAUCAGUCGGGGCAGCAGCCACUCCCCCAACAGCCUUCGCCGGUUGGAACUCCCUCAGAGCAGCGCAUGAAUAGCGUGAAUCAAACCCUAAAGCAACGCAUCAACACCUUGGUCAUAAGAACUCUGGCCGAGAAUCUGGAGAAGGACAAGCAAACCCUAGCUAAUCAGCAAAGCGGCGGCGGAUCCAGUCCCGUGCAUUCCAUUGCCAAUUCAACGACCACGACAACAACCACGACGACGAGUACGAAUCAAAAUGCCAACUCAAACAACGCCAACAACCACUCACCUAGUCAUAGCUACUUUGUUGGCGACACCUGGAAGAUCAAGGUCCUGCAGAACACCACGGUGAUAGCGAAUGUCAAGCAAUCGGUGUUUGUGACCGACAUUAUACUCAAGUAUGCGGCCAAAAAUGAGAAUAUAGUCGUCUCCCUAGACUGCGAGGGCAUUAAUCUGGGUCUCAAGGGAGAAAUCACAUUGAUUGAGAUUGGAACUAGCCGUGGCGAGGCCUUCCUGUUCGAUGUUCAAUCCUGCCCGGCCAUGGUCACCGAUGGCGGUCUGAAGAGUGUGCUAGAGCACGAUCAGGUGAUCAAGGUGAUACACGAUUGCCGCAAUGAUGCUGCCAAUUUGUAUCUGCAGUUUGGUAUCCUGCUAAGAAAUGUGUUUGACACACAGGCUGCACAUGCUAUACUGCAGUAUCAGGAGAGCGGCAAGCAGGUGUACAAGGCCAAGUACAUAUCGCUCAACUCGUUAUGCGAGCAAUAUAAUGCACCCUGCAAUCCCAUCAAGGAUCAGCUGAAACAGAUCUACAGAAGAGAUCAAAAGUUCUGGGCCAAGCGACCGCUAACCAGAGAAAUGAUGCUGUAUGCAGCGGGAGAUGUCCUGGUGCUGAUCCAUGAUCAGUUAUUUGGAAAUCUGGCCAGGCAAAUAAGGCCAGAGAACCGGCAACUCUUCUCGGAGCUGUGCACCGAGCAAAUACUCAUGCAUAUCAAGCCCAAUGAGGUGAAGAUACGCAAGAAGCAGCGCAAGGUCAGCACUGAGGUGUCGGAUCUCAAGCAGAAGUUGGCACAGACCAGCAAGAGUAUUGUGCUUUCCAAUAGGGAGAUACGAUUGUUGCGCUACAUGGACCUGACGGAGGAUGAAAAGGAGCGCCUCAAGGGCUACUACAAGGUGGCCAAGAAGCUGGAGAAAAUGGAGUCGGCCGGCAAUCCCAGCAAAGACCAAAGUGAUUCCGAGGAUGAGGCUGAGCCCAAUGAGAAUGACACAUUCCCCAGCUUGGACUCGGUUCCUUCAGACAACUCGCUGUCGGGCACUUUUUCGCCUAGAUUCAGCUCGGAGCCACCCAGCCUGACUGAGUCCAUGCAAAUGCUAGAGGAAAUACUCCAAAACAAGUCCAUGGAUCGCAUAGCGCGCAUAGAUAAGCUGGAGGCCAUACUGACGACAGCCACCUCGUUGCCAUGUGAACAAAUAAUAUCUUCAAAUUCAAUGCAGGAACAGCUGGGUUCAAGCAUAGCCACCACCGAAAAUCUGCAAAUUAUAAGGGAAAAGUCCAGGAACAUCAAGAACAACUGCAAUUGCCAGGGCGAGCGCAGUGUGACGCCUAUACUGAGAACGACUGACAAGCGAAUGGUUAAGCUAGUAGAUGCCGAAUCGCAGACGCUGAGCACUGGCGAUGUGGUCAUCACCAAGAUCUUCUUCCAGGACGAACACGAGCGAGCUAAGGAGACGGCUCUGCUGAGCACUAGUUCACCCACGAAGCGAGUGGCUUCCACAUAGACAUUAUCAAGCUUCGAACAAUGAUGAUUCCUAACCCACAAGCAAAGCGCAGACAGACAUAUAUAUUAUGUAUUAUUAUUAUUUGGACUAUUUUGAAUGGGUCUGAUCAACCAUGCAAUAAUUUUCAUAACCAAUUGAGAAGCAAUAUAUAUUUUGUGCCUAGAUGUUGAACAUUGUAUUAACAAUAAUAUAUGAUUUAAUAAUAUAUAUAAACAAAAAACCGAUAAAGUCUUGAACGAAUCCCACUUCUCAGCGCUGAGGAGCUGCGAUGAAUUCGUUAAGAGCUGCGCCAAAAACAAUCAUUUCAAAUGUUUUUGUUUAUUUCCAAUUGAUUGUAAAAACGAAAUUUCAAAUUAUACAUAUAUAAUACGCAUUGGACCAAGGUUUUUAUAUAGAAAUCGAAAUGAAAUAAUAAUGAUAGAGAGGUUUCCUAAUUAAAAAUAUCUUUGUCGCCAUAUCAGAAGUGAACUUAUUGUAUUUUAACCAUUUAAAACUUUAACCAACUCAAGUUUAAGUUUAAUCCAAAAGCAAAUUCUUAACUCUUAACGAAAAACCCAUUGUGUAGUCAAUCUAAGUAACUGAGAAUUAAUUGUAAUAAUGAAAUGAAUACUGAAAUGGUACGAUUAUAAUAUAUAUAUAUUGAAUAAAACGUGUAUAUAUAUACCUA